AUGUCAGUCAGAAAAGUAGGUGAAACUCAGCCUCAGCCUGAGGAGGGUGGUUCUGCACAAACGUCACAGUCAAUCCGCAUUUCCAAGUCUGCUGAAGAUACCGACAAGAAGGGCACAAACAGGAGACUUAAGGAUGUCGAGAUUUGUGUGCCAAUAGUUUAUGGGACAAUCGCAUUCUAUCUUGGUAGGAAGGCCAGUGAGUCUCAGUCCCAUAAGUGGACGGUUUAUGUUCGUGGGGCAACAAACGAAGACCUUGGGGUGGUGGUAAAGCGAGUUAUAUUUCAAUUGCAUCCUAGUUUCAAUAACCCUAUGAGAGUGGUGGAUUCACCCCCAUUUGAAUUAACAGAAUGUGGUUGGGGUGAAUUUGAAAUUUCCAUCAGUCUGUUCUUCCACAGUGAUGUCUGUGAGAGACAGUUGGACUUGUUUCAUCCUUUGAAGUUAUAUACUGAAGACGAAUCUGGGCCCCAGUCAACCAAGAGACCUGUUGUUAUGGAAUCUUACAAUGAAUUAGUUUUCCCUGAUCCUUCAGAAGCCUUUGUUGCUCGUGUGCAGAACCAUCCAGCUGUUGUAGUGCCCCGUUUGCCUGCUGGUUUUAACUUGCCUAAUCCUGAAUCGAUUGAUUGCGUGUAUGAAAAGGGACGAGGGGACACAAAAGAUCAUCCCCUUAGUCAGUGGUUCUUGAAUUUUUCAGAGCCUGAUGAGCUCUUAAAACUUGCAGCGGCUCGUCAGGAGGUGCAAGCCCACAUUGUUAACGUGAGAAGAAAACUGAGUAUGUUGGAUGGAGUGCCCCAGCUGUCCAAACCACCCUCUGGAUACGAAUAUACAUGA